ACCUGCAUUCGCUCCCUGUGAUAUCUAACGGCCAACCGCCUCGAAUUGCGCGUCUAUCCUACAUCGCUUUCCUCGCUAGCUACACUUGCAACAAAACUACACAAUGUCAGCUCAGAACUCAGCUGGUAUCCAGACCCUCUUGGACGCAGAGAGAGAAGCUUCCAAGAUUGUCCAAAAAGCCCGCGAGUUUCGUACGAAGCGGGUGAAGGAAGCCCGAGACGAGGCCAAGAAGGAAAUCGAGGCGUACCGCAACUCUAAGGAGGAUGAGUUCAAGAAGUUCGAAUCUGAGCACUCCCAAGGAAACCAAGCCGCCGAGGACGAGGCGAACAAGGAGGCCGAAGUAAAGAUCAAGGAGAUCCAGGGGGCCGGAAAGAAGAGCCAGGACAAGGUUGUGACUGACCUCCUGAAGGCGGUUUUCGAGGUCAAGCCCGUCGCGCCGACUGCCGCAUGAGCCAUUCCCAGCCUGCCGCGUAGCAUCAAAACAUAUCGAUAACGAGUGGAUCGGAUGCGCGGUGCGGAACAUACGAAUAGAAAGAAAGCCAGCACCACUGUCCCGGGAGAGAACAGGAUGGAGAGGACACAUUCACAGAUUGCCGAUGAUGCGCGAAACCAGGAGAGUAGAUUGAAGUGCCAGUUGCGUGCGCAUUGUCACCGGGACUUUGG